AUGUCACUAAAUGAGGAGAUCACAGAGACCAAAAGCCCUUCACCCAAAGCUGGCACAAAAGAUUUGCACCAGACAAUAAGAGCCCCUGCUGCAUCUCAAUAUUCCACGUGCCCUCUCUGUUUGAGAACUUUUGGCAAUAUGCUGUAUGUAAACCCCUGUUUACAUAGCUUCUGCUUUUCUUGUACACAGGACUUGCUAGAAACCAAGGCAGAAUGUCCUUGCUGUAAGAAACCUUUCCAUUCUGUUUUUCACCCUGUAAAUAUCAAAGGAUGCUCUAAAGACCUCCCAUCCCCAAGGCACCCCAAAGGAGAUUCUCCAUCCACCAAAAAGCAUCCCAAAGAAGAACAUGUUUCCUCACAUUCCAAAAAGCACAUGGAAAAGCGUCCUUCUUUACCUUCCAAAAGUCAGUCUGGAGAGCACAUCACUUUGCCUCGUCUUAGGGAAGAAGACCUUUCCAGGCCUAACCUAAAGAGACCUCACAGGCCUUCCUCUUUUAAAUCUCCUGGAAAAGACAGCCCAUUCCUAAGUGGAUUCACAAAACAUCAGGCCCGUCAUGAGUGCCUACAUUUGUCUAUCUUGGGGAAAGUGCUAAAUUCAGACCAUAUAUCCACAGAAGUAGUGGAUGAAACUGCAUUCAACUCUCCCCCAGAAUUGAUGACGCCUAGAGACAAUGAACAAGACAAUAUUCAGUAUAGAGCAAUAUCUGCCAAUUUGUCUAGGCCAAACUUUCUAGAAGCCACAUUGUUGAUUAUUUCUUCCGGGGCCAUGUUAUUCAUAUGUACUUACAUCUAUUUAAGUUUAGUCCUCUUGCAUAAAUAA